AGCGCGCGAUACUUCCCGGCUGGUCUUCGGUCCAGCCGCCAUUCCCGAGGCCGUGCGGCCGGCCGGCGUUUCAUGUGGGCGUUUCCUCUUCUUCACUCCAAGAACCUCGCCCGAGGGUGAGGAGCUGGCGGGCGCCUCGCAGAGUGGAAAGCUGUUAAAACACACGAAGCCAUCUGCAUUAGCGUAAGAUGGAAGUGUUCCCGGAACUGCAUACUCCGUCACUAAGCUUGGAGUGUGAUCACUGUGGUUUUAGAGGCACUGAUUAUGAGAAUGUGCAGAUCCACAUGGGCUCCAUCCAUCCUGAGUUUUGUGAUGAUAUGGACACUGGAGGACUAGGCAAGUUGAUAUUUUACCAGAAGAGUGCAAAGCUCUUCCACUGCCAUAAGUGCUUCUUUACCAGCAAGAUGUACUCUAAUGUGUACUAUCACAUCACAGCCAAACAUUCGGCCUCAGAGAAGUGGAGUGACAAGCCAAAGGACCAGUUGAGCAAAGAGACCCAGUCUGUAAAAAGCCCUUCCCUUCCUGAACACCAGAGCACAGCCUUUGACCCAGCAGAAGUGAGGCCUACUCCAGCCCUCCCUGUAGAAACACAGAAAACUGGUCCCAGUUUGUCUCCAGAGCCACAGAAGUCUGUUCCUCCUGCCCUGGAGCCUCAGGAUUCUGGCCCUGUCUCUCCUGAGCCACAGGCACCUUGUCUUCCUGCUGAGGCCUCAAAAACUGCUUCUGUUUCUUCUCCUGAAUGCCUGGACACAGCCAGUGUGGUUUCUGAGCUGCAGAAGGCUGGUCCUGCUUCCCCUGAGUCUGUCAAGUCUGCUCUUGUUAGCUCCAAACCCCAGAAGCACUCUCCCUUUGCAGAUACAGGGGCCCCCCCUUCUGCCUUGUCUCCAGAGUCACCAGUUCUGGCCACAUCUCCUGAGCCUUGGGGGCCAUCCCUAACUGCAUCUCCUGAGUCUCGGAAGCCAUCCCCAUCAGAGUCUCCUGAGCCAAGGAAGCCAUUCCCUGCCAUCACUUCAGAGCCACGGAGACCAGCCCCAGCAGUAUCACCAGGUUCCUGGAAGCCAGGACCACCUGGUUCUCCUCGGCCUUGGAAAUCCAGUCCUUCAGCGACAUCGGGACCUUGGAAAUCAUCUAAACCUGCUCCAUCUAUUUCUCCUGGACCUUGGAAGCCAAUACCAUCUGUAUCGCCUGGGCCUUGGAAGGCAGCUCCACCUGUUUCCUCUGCAUCCUGGAAGUCUUCAGUUUCAUCUGGUUCCUGGAAAACGCCCCCCACAUCCCCAGAGUCAUGGAAGUCUGGUCCCCCUGAGCUCCGAAAGACGCCUCUUGCUUUGCCACCUGAACACUGGAAGGCAGUGCCCCCUGUGCCUCCUGAGCUUCGAAGACCAGGUCCGCCUCUCUCCCCCGAGAUCCGAAGUCCAGCAGGAUCUCCAGAGCUCAGGAAGCCUUCAGGGUCCCCAGACCUUCGGAAGCUUUCUCCUGACCAGCGGAAAAGCUCUCCUGCUUCACUUGAUUUCUCUGAGUCCCAGAAAAGUUCUCGUGGUUCUCCUGAGUCCUCCUUCAUUACAGAGUCUCAGAAGCCUAGUGUCUUCCCCGAGGCACGGAAACAUGCUUCUCCUGGCUCAUCUGAGCCCCCAAAGGUGACCUCAGACAUAUGGAAGCCUGUCCUCUCUAUUGAUGCUGAGCCUAGGAAGUCCACACUGUUUCCUGAGCCCCCCAAAACAGUCCUUCCCGCUUCUCCUGAGCCACGGAAACGUGCACUUUUCCCAGAGUCCCGGAAGCAUGUACUUUUCCCUGAGCUCCCCAAAUCUGCUGUGUUCUCUGAUGCUCAGAAGGCCACUGAGCUUAGUGAGGAGCUACAGCUGGAAGCUGUAGAUGAUGCAAAAUGUGAUAGUGUGGUCCAGGAAGGGCUUCUGGCUACACCCAAGAAACUGUUAGAAGAUGCUUUAUUUCCUUCUUCCAAGAAGCUCAAGAAAGACAGCCAAGAGAACUCGGAUGCUGAGCUCAGUAGCAGUGAGUACAUCAGAACAGAUUUAGACACCAUAGAUAUCAAGGGCCAGGAGUCAAGCAGCGACCAAGAACAGGUGGAUGUAGAAUCUAUUGAUUUUGGCAAAGAAAACAAAAUGGAGAUGAGUAGUCCUGAGCAGUCCAAAAAUGUGCUUCAGUUCACUGAAGAGAAGGAGGCAUUCAUUUCUGAGGAAGAGAUUGCAAAAUAUAUGAAGCGUGGAAAAGGGAAGUAUUAUUGCAAAAUUUGUUGCUGUCGUGCCAUGAAAAAAGGUGCUGUUUUGCAUCACUUAGUUAAUAAGCACAAUGUUCAUAGCCCAUACAAAUGCACAAUUUGUGGGAAAGCAUUUCUUUUGGAGUCUCUUCUUAAAAAUCACGUAGCAGCCCAUGGGCAAAGUUUACUUAAAUGCCCACGCUGUAAUUUUGAAUCAAAUUUCCCAAGAGGCUUUAAGAAACAUUUAACUCAUUGUCAAAGCCGGCAUAAUGAAGAGGCAAAUAAGAAGCUGAUGGAAGCUCUUGAAUCACCAUUGGAGGAGCCACAGAUGUGACUUUCAAACAGUACCUGCUCUGCAAUGUUUUUUGCCAAACUCAAGCUUGUUGAAUAGCCUAGUAGAUGCUGUGUAGUGUAUCCUGUUCGUCUUAAUAGUGUUAUAAAGAAUAAGCACUUGGUUACUUUUUUUAUGUGACCUCCUGUUUAUGUGGCUGGCUGUUUUAUAAGUCAAUACAUUUCUGUUAUGUAUUCCAGAUGGAUAUAACUCAUUAUCCUUAAACUCAUUUUAGUCAUAAUACAAGGAGUGGGAGGAGAUAGGCAGUUCAUUUAGUAAACAAGUUUAAACCUAAUUAAAACCUUUCUCCUCUCUCUUCCUUCCUCCCUCCCUCUUUCUCCUUCUCUCCCCCCUCUCCCCCCUCUCUCUCUGUGUGUGUGUGAUUGAUUUCAGAUCAUAAAAACUAUUAGGUAGAGGGCUCAGUGGUAGAGCACUUGCCUAGCAUGUUUUGAAUAUUAACUGUUCCACAGUUCAAUCCCCAGUACCUUAAAAAAAAACAAAAAAAAAAAAAAAAAAGAUGGUUUGAGAAUUGAGCAUGAAAAGUAAAUUUGAGAAAAAUUUUGUUAACCUUAUAAGUACUUUUGAAUCAUGUUUCAUAUCCUCUUUCUUCAUGUAAAAUCAGUAUAAGAAUCUUUAAUACUUUCCUGGGUGUUGUGGAGCUGGAGUCUUAGGGGUCACUGGUUUUCUGCUGAUAGGACAAUUGAGUAUACCUAAGUGGUUUUGCAAAGACUGAGAAGACCAUGUGAUUAAGGCUACGCUUAGCUGUAGUUAUUUCCAGUUGUGUCUUGGCCCUCACUCGCUUCUCUGCCAGUUCACAUUAGCAGAUGAUCCAUAAUUGCCAAACCUCCUACUCCUGAGCCUUCCAUGCUCCCUGCUGGGGCUAAGACCUGGGUAAUAAUGAGAAGGAGCUGAAAGUCAUCCCGACUCACAGUUCAAAAUGAAUGAAUAGAUAGGAAGUACACACUAGCCUCAGUUACAUGAGAGGCCAAGGAUCACUUGAGCCCAGCCUGGGCAGCAUAGCGAAACCUGUAGAAACAUUCUGAUUUUCUUUCUCACAGUUUUGUCAUUGUAAAUACCUUGUUUCUCUUCAUGGAUGAUGAUUUUAAUGUACUUUGUUAAAUGUUUAUCAACCAAAUUAAAAAGGCUUUGGCUUUCAUGUUAA